UGGCUGGAGGACCCAGCCUGCUCCGUUGGUCAGCAGAAAUAAUUGGUAGCUGCGAUACAUAUGUGCGGCUAAUUCUGCCAUGAUACGGCUUAUCAAUUUUGGAAAUAUCUUCCCUUGAAUGGCCCGGGACUAUCAGCGUAUCGCUUUUUCGGUGGCACUGAGCGUCCCGCCUCACGCCCACGCCAAGUUCCUUAUCGGAUAAUUAUCUGGUCGUCGGAGUACGGCUAUUAGGCCCGUACUUCAAUGGGCUCGGUGGUCUGGAUCAACCGAUAUAGCCACGGCUCGCUUUUGGCCAGCACAUAAUAGAAAAGUUUUGAUUUACGGCGUCCAGUCUCUUAGACCAAAUCCUAGAUUAUCAGCCCAUCGGCGAUACAUAAAGCUGGCCACUAAAACAUCCGGCUGCACAAAUGCCCAAUUAAUUAUAUCAAUUCCCUUCAUAUCAGAUACACAGGUUAUUGGCCGUAAAAGAAUUUAUUGGGAGAUAGGGCUUCUGCGGUAGUCUCACAUGACAAAUGAUCAUCGGAUACCCAUUGAGGAAACAACAUUUUACUAAUCUUCCGCUGAUUAACACAAUCAAAUGCGACUUUGUGCAGAGUCAGCAUUUCGCAGACGGAGCUCUAUUUUUAUAAGGAUUUUCCAUGAUUAUUAUUUAUAACUUAAUGUCAAUAGCGAAAUCCAGAAGUAAACUGUUUUGCAGUACAAUCUUUACAUGCGAACAUUUAAAAAAAGAAAGUGGUUUUUGUAUUAUGGUGACUACACUUUUCCUAACCCAUGGUGGGUUUUGAGUUUCCCCUGGUUGAAAGAGAACCGGAUCACAAGAGAGCUGCUCGUUUCCCGCUGGAAUUUGAGUGGAAUGGUAGGGGGCUGGUCGGAGCCAGAGCUCAAUUAGAAACUGGUUUUGAGUGCUGAGAUCUCGGCUUUCAGUCGACAUUCAGAGCUGAGCUGAGGCGGUUUCAAUCGGCGGAAGAUAGUUGAGUGUGUACCUGGAAUAGUAGGCCACUAAUAACUAUCCACCCAGUUAACAAUACCCGCUGAAGUAUGCGCAAAUCGCCGGGCAGCCUGCCCUCGGAGGCCUUCUCCAGCUCGAACUCCUCGCUGAGCAACUCGUACAGCGAUGGCAGCGACCUGGCCAACUGGGAGGAGUACGUGACCACAGACGGCAGUCUCUUCUACAUGGAGUAUGUGAGAUGUGAGAAGACUGGCGUCUCGGCGGAGCGGCGGGUGGAGUUCAUGCGCCGAUCGCUGCGCCUGGGAAAGAAGUCGUCGCGUCGCCAGCCACACAGCAAUAAUCAGAAUCAGAGUCAGAACCAAAACCAGUCCCACGGCCCCAGCAGGUUGGAUACCCAGACGGAGCCGCAAGAGUUCCGUUUCUCACAGUUCAAGACGGCUGCCCCCGAUCCCAAGAAACUGGAUCUGGUGAUCACAGCCGCCGAUCGCUUCCGUUUCGGACGACGAUCCACGGCGGUGGAGUCCAUACUGGGCUUCCGGGUGCUGCCCUUUCCGGACCAACCAGAAUGCCUGAUGGUCGAUGGAUUCGUUCACGAUCUGAGUGCACUGCAGCACGGCAUCAAGCGGGGAGAUUGGUUUAGAUCCCUGAAUGGCAUAGAGUUGUACGCCAGCAAUGUGGAUGAGUUGCUCCAGCAGUUCGUGGAGCCCACUCAGGUGUGCCUAGGCUUUCAGUCGUACGGUGCGGCCAGUGCAGUUUCCCCCACCGAUCCGGGGUAUAAUCAAAAUGUUCGCGAGGAGCAGGUGUGCAAGGUGGAGAACUUUCCCAUGUUCACGGAGAAGUUUGAGCAGAUGUUGAUAACGGAGGGGAACUUCGGUGGUCCCGGUAGUUCCGUAGACAUAAGAAUGCCCUUCGCUAUGCUGCUACUCCCACCGGAGUGCUAUCAGCAUGAGCAGCAACAGGAUUCCCUCUACUACUUUCCGGAAACCCCCGACAACUUCCUAUUCAAGGCCCGUGGGAGUUUCCUCACCCUGCACGCCGUUCUCAGUGAACUGCACACCCAGCCGCUGAGCUCAAGGCUGCUGGUGGACCAGGUGCAAUACCACGUCAACUACCGCCGACUGAAUGGGUUCCUAGUCCUCUUCGCCUACGCCGGAGGACUCUGCAGUGCGGCGGAGUGCAGCCUGCGAUCGGAUGAGCUGAUCGGAUACAUACGCUUCUCUCUGCCGGGCUUGGUCCUGGAGAGCUUCAAUCAGGAGGGAGAGCCGGGGAAUAGUUCGAGACUGAAGCUGUUUCUGAGACACUUUUGUGAAAUCCAGAGGACCCGGCUCGUAGCCCGAUGCCAUGGUCACAUUCGUUUCGAGGAGCUCCUGGGCCAAUCCCGCAGCCUGCCACUGCCCAAGGAAGCGCAGCUGCGCAUCUUUGAUGCUCUGAGUGAAAUGGAGGCCAUGGACUAUCGCAACUGGAACGACGAGCCACUCACCACCCAUCGCGAGUUCUUCAUCUACGGCAGUGCGCUGUACUACGAUGGCUUCCUGGUGGCCAGCCUGCUGCCACCGGAAGUGCGGGUGAGUGUAGAGGGAUUCCUGCGCUGCCGCGGUAUCUUCGAGUUGCUCGGAGCUGCUCCUGGAAUCAAAGUUCGCGAGAUGUACGUGUGGGAGGAGAUAGUGUUGCCCAGUGCCACAGGGCGAUAUUUCCUUACCAUCUGCACCAAGAACCACUUGAGUCUGGCCGUGAUCUUGAAGAUCUUCGAUGCUCCGGACAUGGCGCCGGAUGCGGUGGUGGGACCAUCGCUCUUUUACAUCGAGGAGAUUCAGGAGACGCUGGACCACCUGGUGCAAUGCGGCAUUGAAUCCCUGGCCAUGUUCUGGUCCGUUUCCAAUAAGAGACCGGAGGUGCUCGACGCCACUGCCAGCGAGAGCAGGGAUCAGGAGAAGGAGCCGAACAACCGACUGGAGUCCUUCCUCAAGCAGAAACUAACCGUGCUGAGUCCUUCGGUGGAGGAGGAGGCCCAACUCUGCUCGUCCCUGGGUGGGUCUUCCAUACACAGUCUGACUCCCAGUGAGGACGAGUCCUGUCGCAGGCGAUUGACCCCCAUCCAUGGUGCUGCCGAGGACUCGGACAGCGGUUCCGACUGGGAGAACUUCGCCGUACAGCAUCCACUCCACUAUGGACUGAAUCUCGGGGCCGAGAGCCACAAGCAGAGCCAAAUGACGGAGUCCAUGUGGAAGGAGAUCAACAACGUGGUGCCGGUCAAGAUAUCCGCUGGCUGGAAGAAUUCCGUGCUGCACUACGUCUACAUUGACAUAGCCAAUGGGUCCUUGUUUGCCCCAUUUACCGACAGUUCCGAGAACUCCAACUACCUCUCCGAGAUUCGUCAGGCGUGUCACAUAAUCCACGCCGUGCUGCAGAAAUCCAAGCACUAUCGCAGGCAGCUAUCGGAAUCCUCGAGAGCACAGCCGAGCUCGAACGGGCACAGUAGCCACACAGUGUCGCUGGUCAAGGAGCACGGCAUGACCCUGGAGGUCAGAACGCAACCCAAAACGGAUGGGCAAUCCCAAUCCCCGACGAGCAGUCGCUUCGUGGUGGUUGGUCGUCUCUUUCAGUCGCCAGCCAAGGAAGUGUACGUGUGUCACUGGUCCGAUGUUCCCCAGAACAUAGUCGAAAUGGCCUUCCGGUUGUCCUUCUUCUCCAUGGGAUGACAUCUUGGCAGGAUACUACUAUGAGUCGAAUUCUUGCUAUAAUAUAAGCACAAAUAUUUAAAAUGUGGCUUUAACUAAACAAAUUACUCCUAUAUAAGUAUACAAAAAAAUUUUUAAAAUUAUAUUUAAGAAUGCAUAAUUAAUCAUUUUCAACAAUUCCAUUACAAAAGCAUUAGAAUUAAGGAAAGUGCAAUUUUGUAUUUUCAAAAUUCGAAAAGCGCAAGCUUGCCAAAACUCUACGAAAUUGAAAAAUUGUGUACAUUUCAUCUGAAACGCAGCGAAUAAAUAUGUAUGAAGGUAUUUCAAGAGGAAAACACAAGAA